UUGACAGCGAAAGAACUUCCGACGAUGAUGCAAGACAAGUCAAUGUCGUCUGCAUUUUGUUGUUGAACAAAAUAGCGAAUAAUGUCAAUUUGGGGACUUUUUUCAAAGAUUCUUAAACCUGAAUUUCUUCCAAAAAUAUCCCUUACAUAUUUUAGUUUAACUUUGCUGUGUGGACAAGUCUGGCGUGUGUCCAGUGCCUAUAGUACAGGCUUUCUUUCCGCAAGUUUGAAUAAGAUGGCCGAUGAGAUGGGAACCAAUGAGAAGGGAAGCAGUGAAAAGGGAACCGCCAGUAUCCACGCUGGGCAUAUUGCUGAAAUACAUAAUGUCCCCAUAAAGCAUCUUAUACGUCCCCUCCCAUCAGAGUUAGAUGAACCCCAAGUCAUUUCACUCAUGGAAACAAUAAAGGAUCCAGAGCAACGAGAUCAAGUCCCUCCUGUUGAUAUUUUAUGGAUUACUGGAAGACAAGGCGGAGAUUACUACUACUCAUUUGGGGGAUGUCAUCGUUAUGCGGCAUACACAAGACUUCAAUUACAAACAAUUCCUUGUAAAAUUAUACGAUCCACUGUCUCCGAUUUAAGAAACUAUCUAGGUGCGUCUACUCCCGAUUUACUAUAAUAGGCGUUUGCGGUGGGUUGGCUGGGUCGGUCUUUUUGAUAUCAAUUUUUGGAGGGAUGUAAAGACAAAAUUUUAAAAAAGGAAUAGAAACUUAAACAAUUGUAUUAACCAGUGAUGCUUUUUCUUCUAUUCACUUGUCACAUAUUAGGGAAGGGAUGUUAACAAGUAUUAAUUUGAACUAAAAAAUAAUCCACCAACAUUUACCGAUUCUUUGAAGUUUGUUGUGCUCUUUUCAUAUUGAAAUAUUAACCAAUUCAUUUAAACAAGGCUUUUCUUGCAACUACAGUACACAAUUUAAGUUAAAAUUUACUGCCAAUUAUUGCACUGUAGGGUGUCAUGGCCGAGCAGGAAAAAAACACUGAACUUAAGCUCUGAUGUUUCUGCUAAGCAGAGUCUUGGUCAUGACACUUAUGUCCCUGAGCAAGACACUUAAUUAUAAUUGCUUCUCUCCAACAAGGGGUAAACGGGAACCUGCAAAUUAUUCUUGUGAUUGAUUUAGCUUAAUAGCACAUAUUUGUUGCACAGGCUGUAUACUCCCAGGGACCUGAGAUGGUUUAAGGAAUGAAUUGGAUGGCCCAGUUACCAGUGGUAAUGAUGUUGGAAGCGCUAUAUAAAAAACUAGUUUUUGUUAUUAUUAUUAUUUCUGUUAUUAAUUUAAAAAAGUAAAAUAACUG